AUGGGUAUUCCUAGGGCAAACAAGCUACUCUUAGCCCUCGUGCUCACUGCUUACCUCUUUUCCGGUAGUGCUCAUGCAUGGAGCUGGAGCUGGGGUUCUGGCCAAUCUGGUUCGAGCUGGGGAUGGGGUUGGGGCUCCGACAACAACGCUGACUCUGGUUCAGGAGGUUCAAACUCGAACUCGGGUGGUGGUUCAAGCUGGGGUUGGGGAUGGAGCUCGAACGGAACAGAUACAAACUGGGGUUGGGGAAGCAGCUCUGGCUCAAGCGGCACCGGCUCUAUACAUAAAAGCCACCAAAACCACUCUGGCUCUACACACAACAAGCAUAACUCGGGCUCAAACCACACAAGCGGUAGUAUUAUUGGCUCCUCACACAACAACCACACGGCUCAAGUAUCGCGUAGAAGAAAGAUUGAAAUUACUGUGUGGAAGAACGGAUUCGACUACCAAGAAUGGGCUUCAAAGCAUGCACCCUUCCACACCAACGAUGUCCUUGUUUUCAAGUUCAACGAUAAAAGUCAAUCCAACAAGAGGCACAACAACAACAAGAACGAUGUCUACUUGCUUCCAGAUUUGAAGAGCUACAAGAGAUGCGAUGUGAGCAGCGGCAAGAAGCUAGUCGCAAGAGGAGGCUCAUCAUUAGGGUUUAAGUUGCUUCUCCGCAAGACUCAUGAGACUUACUACUUCGCUAGUGGAGAUCACAACGGCUGCAACCACAACAUGAAGUUCUCUGUCUCCCCGAUCCCUCAGUCUUCUUCACGCACUAAACCCUAA